AUGAGCGGUGAGAAGAAACGACAUCGAUGGAAAUAUAGUCCAGUAUUAAUUGAAGAAAAUAUAACAAUCGAUUCGAAAUCUAUAACAACAACAACAAGAACUGAAGAAGAAAAACAUACGGAAAAUACUAUACGUAAAUGGUAUAAUAAUAAUGAUGGUGAUAGUGAUGAUGAUGAUGAUGAUGGAAUUAAUCAAAAUCAACCUCAACAAACAAUAUCAGAAAAAAUUGAACGAGUUUUACGUAAAAUAAAUGCAUGGACAAAUGAAAAAACAGCGGCGUCAACAGAUACUAAUGAUAAUAAUAUACAACGAGAACCAUUACAAGAUACAUCUUUCAACAAAACAAGUCUAUCAACUUAUGAUUAUAUUCGUCAGGAACAAGAAUGUAAACCUCGUUCGAAAAAGCCAACAUCAAAUACAUUAUUUAAUUCUUUACGACAACGAUGUUCUUCAUCAACAUUUGUUGAUCCAAAUACAAUUCAAACUCAACAUGUAUCAGUUCAUAGACCCCAUUCAAUGAUAUUUACUGAUGAACCCAUAUCAUCUAUGACAACUACAUCAUCUAUUUUAAAUAAUAAUAAUAAUAAUUAUUUUUAUGACGACUUAGAUAGAAAGAAAAAAAUGCCCGAUACCAAAGUUCAGUUUUCCUCAUUUCGUCAUAAAAAAUCAUCUGGUAAACAUCCGGUUUUGAUUAAUUUACUUGAUAAUAACAAACCUCAACGUCGAUCUUUAUUUUCUCCAUAUACCAAUUUAGCACCUUUAUCAUCAAUGUAUGGUUCGGAUUUUUUCUAUCCAUCAACAACCGAAGAAGAAAAAGAACAACAACAACAGCAACAUGAAUACGAUAAUUUAACCUUUAUACAAAAUUCAUCUCAUCAUAAUUAUGAUCCAUUUCCAAUUCUAGUUGAUUGUCAACAUUGUAAUCGAACUAUUGAUCGAUCAUCUUUUCGUGACACAUCAUGUCAAGUACCAUCAGAUGAUGAUGAUGAUGAAAAGAAUGUCUAUCAAGAUGUUCAAAUUGAACGACAUAAAACAAAACGAUCAUCACCAUUGUAUAUAUCACCAACAUCAACACCACCACUAUGUCAACCACCAAUGGCAAUUAAUUUAUUAUCACCAUAUCAUUUUCGACGAAAACGUUCAUUAUCAUCAUAUUUUGGUUUACAUAAUCGUUCUAAAUCAGCUCCGUCAGCUUCUUCUUCAACAGUAUCAUCAAAUUCAAGUCGUAUAAAACAUCUUUCUGAGAAAAAAAAUCAUAAAAAAUUACAACCAACACUUUCCCCUUUACAGACGGUUACAACUGUACCGUCUUUACUACCUGAAUCUGCUCCUGUUUCAUCAACACCAUCGACUACAGCCCUUCUUCGUUCUAUAAAAACAUCAAUAUAUGCUAUGAAAAAGCGUCUCAAAGAUAUUCGUCGUUUGUCCGAGGAUUCGAACGUGACAACUGUGUUAGACGAUUAUACUGCACGUAGUUCACAAGAAUUAACUGUAAGUAAAGGACAACACGUUCGUGUCGUACAACGACAACCACCCAAUGCACCUGAUUGGUGUCUUAUACGUGUAUUGAACGAUCAUCAUAAUCCAUCGAGUCCAUCAUCACUUGCUGCAUCCUCAACAACAAUCACAACUGGUUCAAUUGAUUUACCAUCUCCAUCAUCUUCAAAAUAUAUUGAAGGACUUGUACCAGCAGCUAUUCUUAAAUCAACUAAAUCAUCAGCAUCAAAUAUUCAUCCAUUACCCCCAUUAGCUCUUUCGACAAGUACUAAUAAAACCGAACAAGAUUCUAUUUUAAAUAAUACAGACGAUUCUCAAUCAAGACAACAACAACAAUCACCAGCUGUCCAUUUUAGUAAACGUAAAGCUAGUUUUAGGCGAAUUCUUAAAAAUCCUGUUCGACGUUUGAGCUUAAAAGAUAAUAGCAGUAGUAAAGAUGUUAAAAAUUCAACACCACGUGAUUUAGUAUCAGUAUCAGCAUCUAUUAUAUCAACAGAUAGUGGUGAUGGUAUAUCGAAUAAUAAUAAAAAACAAUCCAUAUCAUCGAAUUCCACAACCUCAUCAAAAAUCAAAGCAUUCACAUUUACAAACUCCGACGAUUUGACGUUGUUUCCUGAUGAUACGGUAUGGUAUCUUUUGUUUCGAUGA